ACGGCUUUGUGGGCACAAGUCUCGGCGACUUGAUUAAGAACAGGGCUUUCCACCCCGACGCAUUGGUCCAACGGGUAAGAACGAAUAUUCCACGGACUCUUCCAUACUAUGACAAUGUUCACAUCGAGAGUCCAAGUUUCAGCGACCCCAUUGCGAAAGACUUGAAGAAGUUGUAUCCACACAGGCCAGUAGUUGUAGCUGAGGGCAGACCCAAGAGUCAUGACUUUGAGUCAAAUCCAUACCAGGCGCAACUGUAUGGUAAUGGAAGUCCCAAUGAUACCUCCAACGACCCAGAUGAUGUUGAGGCAGAAGAAAGUAUUGAUUUAUACUCGCUGUCGUUGCUAGAGCUUCUCAAUCUUUUGCUUGAAGAGACUCAUUUGGACGACAGCAACAGGAUAUCAAUAGAAAACUCGCUCUUGGAGUUGACUUCCUAUCUUCCAAAACCAUUGCAGUCUUGGACUUGGAAACACGCCUCGUCUCAGGCUUCAUCUUUGUCUAACGAAAAGCAGCAUCAGUUAAAAUCUGCUAACAAUUUCAACCAAAGUGAUCCUAUCUAUCCAAAUGGGACGCUUUCCAAAAUAGUGAUCGACAAUUACACCAGUUUGUUGCGUUUCUCAUCUACUUAUUUCAAUUUAUCUUUGGCUUCUCACAUUACCAGAUACUUGGUUGAAUUGAUCUACAGCUUACAAUAUUGGGAGGUGUAUCAUUUGCUCUAUAUGCUCCCAAACUUAGAGUAUUUCUUGAAAUUGAUUGACUUCGAAGUAGUAGACACCGUAUAUGGACCUCUUGUUAGGCCCCCGGAAAACUAUUUGAAGGAUUCCAUGUUAUCCGGUUUGCAGUAUCCUUUUCCAUAUCCAUUCUACAACUAUUCAUACCAUUCAUUUGCCCAAAAUGUGGACUCCAAGAAGUACAACAGAAUCAAUACUAUACCUUAUGAAGAUAUAACGCUAAAAGAUGUACUGCCACCAAAGAAACGCAGAGGAAGACCAAAGUCUAUAUCUGAGCCUAUGUUAAAGAAGAAACCAGGCAGAAAGAGAAAGAACCCAUUGACAGAAGAUAUACUAGUAGCUCAGUCGCAGACAACACAGAAGGAUUUCCCUAGUAACACGGAGAGUGAAAUGAGUGGCACAGAAUCAGAACAUGAAGGCUUGGGAGACUAUGACGAUAUCCCGGAAGAAGAGGAAGUUAUUAUUCUUGACGAUGAAUAUGAUGAAGAAGGUUUCGAUGAAGACAUGGAAGAUGACUAUGUGGAAGACGGUGCAAUGAGGGCAGCAGCGUUUUCACCCGAAGCUAGCUCAAGAGUGGCUUCUACACAACCUGACUUUGAUAGACAGGAUAAGGUACCACAAUAUAAUGCUGGCGAGAGAGAAGAUCAUCGUUUGAGUUUAAGCUCUCCACCAAAAUCAUCACCACCAAUGACUCAAUCCUCACAAUAUACAUCUCAGGAUAUUUCUAUGAGACUUCCUCCACCUCCACAGGGCCUUUCUCCAACCGUUCCUUACCACCCUCCACCUCCAAUAGGAAAUGAAACUCAACAAUUAAAACCCCCCAGACUUCCAAGUGUUCAUGAACUACCGUUUCUUCCACAGUUCCAGCAGCCGGUACCUCAUUACCAGCCACUUACUGGACAGAACAGAACUCCAACAAUUGUUCAGGUACGACCUGUUCUGUUCCCAACGGCAUCCCAACUUUCACCAGUGGUGCAGGAACCACCAUUACCAGGAAUUCAGAAUUAUCAACCAAGGGAAUCUCCAUCUUCAUCUAUACCAACUCCACAAGUAGUACAUUCGCAUAUAAUGCCACAAAGACGAUCAAUAUCACAUAUACUGCCAACAAUCCUGGAUAGGCAUUUAGAAGCUUCACCCCAUUCAACCCAUACUAGAUAUAUAGGUCAAGACGGUUUUGUAAAGAUUCAGAGCGAUUCUUCAUUGCAAAAUCCACAAGCAUUAUAUGUAGAAUCGCAAUUAUAUCCUCAAACGCAUCGCCCAGGCAUUCCUUCGUAUCUGGUUCCACCUCCUCAAGGAACGCAGCCAUCCCCACCUUUACAGCAACAAACGAUUGAUAGCCCUCAAGAUAGACAACCGCUGAAGCUUCUUCUGCAAAUCCAAGCACUUAAGCUGCCGCAAAGAGGUCAUGAAAGCGAACACAUAGAGCCACAGGAAUUGUCACGAUUAGCUGACGACUCUGCAAGAAAACUCAGUUUCCAACUCAACUCAGAUCGCCCAAGGGAAAAGGGACCCGAUACGCAUGAAAAAGAGAGAGUAGAAAAGGAAAGGGUAGAAAGGGAAAGAACAGAAAGGGAAAAAACAGAAAAGGAAAAAAUAGAGAGUGAAAGAAUAGAAAGUGAAAGGGUAGAAAGUGAAAGAAUUGAAAAGGAAAGGAUUGCAAAAUCAGUUAUCAACGACAAACCAUCAGAUGUGAGUAGCUCCGAGGAUGAAAGAGAAACCUCAAUGGAAGCUGGCGAAUAUCAUCCAGAUGAUCAUGAAGGAAGUUAUGUGGACUAUGAAGGGGAACCAAUGCAAGGAUCAUCAGAAGGUAUGGAAGAUGGGAAUGGUAUAUUCCAAUACCAAAGUCGAUUAAGAUUCAUAGCUCAAUCACCAAAGAGUAGUGCAAAAUUGGAAGGAGGAGAGAUUCCAAUGCUAGAUGAUAAGAAGAAGAAUAAGUCUGGAGUAAUUCACCAGUGCCACUUAAUCGACCCUGGCACUCUUCGUAAAUGUUUAAAGAUUUUCUAUGGUAAGAAUGAAUUAUUGAGACACCAGGAGUUUGUUCAUGCUACAAAGAAGAAAAUCUACAAAUGUAUCUACUGUUCUAGAAACGGAGCCAAAGUUCAGAGUUAUCCAAGGCAUGACUCGUUGGCAAGACAUAUAAGAAGGAAGCACGGUGUUACCGGAAAGGAAAACAAAAUGGCUGUGAACUAUGCCAAAGAGAACGUAGAAGUCAUCGAUGAUCCAAAACUGCUAGUAACAAAGCAACAUACCUUUGUAGAGCCAUUGCCGCAUCCUCAAUUUCUCAAUCCAGACUUUACAAUCAAAUCUAGCUAUGCUGGAUUUUUACUGUUCAGCACGAAAGAGGUUCCCAACCCUAAACUACCAGUUAUUCAUACUCACCACUAUCCAAAGAAUAGGAUUGUCGACGUUGUAGAGUUUCCACCAAUAGAUCAGCCAGCAGGAAGUCUGUCAAAAGAGGUACUAUCACCUACAGUUUCAGCAAAGGCACCCAACGUUUUCUUGUCGAAGAUAUCUCCCAAGUCAGUAAAGUCACAGGAAACAUCUCCAGUAUUCAAGGUAUCUCCAUUGAAGUCAAUUACUUCUCCAAAGGAUUUGCCUUCUGUUGCUACUAGUACUAGUCCUCUUCAAUCAGUGGCUCCACCUCCAGUUGCUCAUCUUUCAAGUGGUGCGUCUCCUCUAAUCGGUCACAACACCGUAGGAGGUCCAUCUCCAGCCAGAGGAGACCCAUCUGCUGGACCUCCAAUUGCACAUAAACCUGGAGUGCUUAUUGGCCAAAACUCUCCUCCCAAAAAAGGAACAGUGUUACCCCUGAUUAAAGAGCUUGACAACAGCCACAGUUUUGGGGUUCACAGUUACCCACGUUCCAGCAGCGAUAACAUCCACAAAAGCAUGAAUUUGUCUUACUUGAAUGGCCCACCGCCUGCGGAAGAUAGAAAGUAGACUAUGUAGCUAUAUUGUAUAUCUCACGACGAAUAACGAAGAAAAUAGAAAAAAUG